AUGGGUCUGGGCAAAGUUUCUGUCCGCGUUCGCGGUGCCGAGUGCGGUAUCGAAGCCAUCAUUCUUGGUGUCAUCACAUCGAUAGGUGGUUUCCUCUUCGGUUACGACACGGGUCAAAUCAGUGGAAUCCUCAUCUUCAAGGACUUCAUCCAGCGUUUUGGACAGGACCAGGGCAAUGGCGAGAAAGCAUUCGAUCCCACGAUUUCGUCCCUGCUUGUAUCCCUCAUGUCCAUUGGUACUCUCAUCGGCGCGCUCGCUGGUGCUUACACUGCCGACUGGUUUGGUCGUCGCCGCAAUCUCUCCAUCGGUGUGCUCAUAUUCGUCAUUGGCAACAUCAUCCAGGUCACAGCGAUGAACACCUGGGUCCACAUGACUAUUGGUCGUAUCGUUGCUGGUCUCGGUGUCGGUAUUCUCUCUAUUGGUGUACCGAUGUACCAGUCCGAGGUCUGCCCACGAGAGAUUCGUGGUGCCGUCGUCGCAUCUUACCAGCUUAUGAUCACUGUUGGCAUCCUGAUUUCCAACAUUAUCAACUUUGGUGUCCGUGACAAUCCGGGCCAAGACAGCGAUGCCGCCUGGAGAAUCGUCAUUGGCCUCGGAAUCGGCUUCUCGCUCCCUCUUGGCUUCGGUGUACUCUUCACGCCAGAAUCGCCCAGAUGGUUGGCCGGUAAAGGCCGUUGGGAAGAAGCGCGCAUGUCAAUGGCUCGUCUCCGAGGCUUGGCACACGACCCCAACCACGAGUUGGUCAACUCGGACUUCAAGGAGAUGGAGGAUUCCAUCAACGAGCAAAAGAGCGCCGGGCAAGGUACUUGGGUGGAAUGCUUCACUGGCCAGCCAUCCGGUAUCCCGCGUCUUGCAUACCGUACCCUCGUCGGAUGUGCUAUCCAAUUCUUCCAGCAGUGGACUGGUGUCAACUACUUCUUCUACUAUGGCGCGACUAUCUUCCAAUCCGCAGGCAUUGAUGAUCCUCUCCAAGUUCAACUUAUUCUUGGUGCUGUCAACGUGGCCAUGACGAUCCCCGGGUUGUACCUCAUUGAGCGAGUCGGUCGCCGUGUGCCGCUCGUCAUUGGCGGUCUCUGGCAAGCUACUUGGCUGCUCAUCUUUGCCAUCAUCGGUGUUGCGCUCCCACCGCAAGACAACCCCACUGCCGGUAUCGUCAUGAUCGUCGCUGCUUGCAUGUUCAUUGCAAGCUUCGCCGCCACCUGGGGUCCUUUCAUUUGGGUAAUCAUUGGCGAAACUUUCCCGCUCAGAACUCGCGCGAAGCAAGCCUCUUUGGCUACAGCGUUCAACUGGCUCGGCAACUUCCUGAUCGGUUUCCUCACACCUUACGCUGACGACGGCAUCGGAUACGCCUUCGGUUUCGUUUUCUUCGCCUGCAACUUCGUCGCCGCCGGUGUCGUUUACUUCUUCGUCUUCGAGACCAAAUCGUUGUCUCUUGAGAACGUCGAUAUCAUGUACUCAGACCCGAGCCUAUCUGCCAGGACCAGUAAGAAGUGGGUCCCGGCUGGAUACAUCAGCCGUAACGAACGCGACGACUCAUACUGGGAGCGACGCCACAGCGCUGUCGGCGCUACUGGUGCUGUUGGAUCUGAGAAGUAUGGCGACAAAGAUGUCGAUACUUCGCCCGAGAGGGGCAUGUCAGUGCAUCAGGAACACAUUGACGAGGAGCGCCGAGGCUUCCGCUCUGCCCACGCUCAAACACUUCAUACCACAGAGACGUACAACUACACCGCCAUGCCGCCAGCAGCGUCGCCUCGCAACACCAGCACGCUCGCCAAAUUAGCGCGCCGGACCCUGGUCACAGCGGGGCCGGCUGUCGCCUCGCAGGCUUCGCAUCACUUUGAGCGCCGCGGGUUGAGUGUAAAUCACACCCAAGGGGUUACGCUGGGUGUUAUUGCUGCGUAUGUUGUCGUUAUUGCGUUGUUGUGGAACUUGCCCUAUGUACGGUGGGUGUUGUGGCCGUUCAAGAUGCUCGUCAUAGCCUUUCAUGAAUUCUCUCAUGCAAUAACAUCCUGCUGUACCGGCGGGCGAGUGGAGUCCAUCUCCCUUGAUCCCCAUGAAGGCGGUGUAACGCAUAUGCGCGGCGGCAAGCAAUUCAUAACUCUGCCUGCUGGCUACUUGGGCUCCUCAUUGAUAGGUGCUCUGCUGACCUUUUGUGGCUUCAACAUCGUGGCAUCCAAAGUAGCGAGUAUAGUGCUAGGCGUUUGCUUCUUGCUGACACUAUGGUGGGCGAGAAAAGACUGGUUGACUAUCGUCACAAUUCUUCUCAGCGUAGGGCUACUGGUAGCCUUCUGGUUCAUCGAACAUGGCGAGGCGUUGAGGUUCAUGGUCCUUUUCAUCGGCGUCAUGUCUUCUCUCUACAGCGUCUGGGAUAUCUGUGACGACCUCAUUCUCCGUAAGGUCAACUCGUCUGAUGCCAGCGUCUUCGCUAAGCGGUAUGGCGGUUCGUCGCAAUGCUGGGGUGUUAUUUGGUCGCUUGUGUCGUUGGUGUUUAUGGUAUGCGGAAUCCUUGCGGGGUUGGCAGCCUUUAAACAGAGCUUCGAACAGCAAGAGAAGGAUAGUCAAGACUUUAUUCCUACGGUACGGAUGAUGAUGAGGGUGUGA